AUGAGGAAGCUAUCUGUAGUUCUAAUGCUCUGCUUUGUGGUCAUGACGAUACCAAUGGUUUAUGGAAUUGCUCAAGGACCCAAAGCAGUAGAAGAGUGGUUCAAAAAGCUCAGUUACAGAAAGCAAAAGGUAACAAAGCUCCACUUCUAUUUCCAUGAAACAGUAAGUGGCAAGAACCCAACUGUAAUGCAGGUGGCCCAGUCCAACAUCACCGAUAAAUCGUGGACCUCUUUUGUCCUAGUCAUGAUGAUGGACGACCCACUGAAGGCAGGGCCUGAGCCCACAUCAGAGAUCAUAGGUCGAGCCCAGGGACUCUUUGGUUCGGCUGGAUUGGAUGAAUUCGGUCUACUUAUGACCAUGAACCUUCAUUUCACGGAUGGAAAGUACAAUGGUAGCACCCUUGCGGUCUUGGGCCGGAACCCAGUACCCAAUUUGUACAGGGAGAUGCCAAUUGUAGGGGGGUCCGGUGUUUUUCGACUGCCACGUGGAAUUGCCACCGUGAAAACAUAUUCGUUUAAUGCUACCACGGCUGAUGCUAUUGUUGAGUACAAUAUUGUAGUCCUUCAUUCUUAG